AGAGCUCCUGACCGUCAGCCUCACACAGGAGAGAAACUCUGUGGCUGUGACUUCUGUGGGAAAACAUUUGCCAAGAAGUCUAUUCUGAAGACCCACAUGAUGGUCCACACAGGAGAGAAACCAUUCAGCUGUGACGUCUGUGGGAAAAGAUUUAUACAGAAGAGUUGUUUUAAGACCCACAUGAUGGUCCACACAGGAGAGAAACCAUGUGGUUGUAAUGUUUGUGGGAAAAGAUUUACACUGAAGUCCAUUCUUAAGAGACACAUGAUGGUCCACACAGGGGAGAGACCGUGUCGCUGUGACGUCUGUGGGAAAAGAUUCACAAAGAAGGGUAAUCUGAACAGUCACAUGAUGGUCCACACCGGAGACAAACCGUGCAGCUGUGACGUUUGUGGGAAAAAAUUUACCAAAAAGUCGAAUCUUAAAAGACACAUGAUGGUCCACACGGAGGAGGAGUCGUGUUGCUGCGAUGUUUGUGGGAAGAGGUUCACACAAAAGGGUUCUCUGAAGAUCCACAUGAUGGUCCACACGGGAGAGAAACCGUGCGGCUGCGACGUUUGCGGGAAGAGAUUUACAAUGAAGUCAAAUCUGAACAGACACAUGAUGGUCCAUUCAGAGGAGAAACCGUGUCGCUGUGACGUCUGCGGGAAAAGAUUUACACUGAAGAGCGACGUUAAGAGACACAUGAUGGUCCAUUCAGAGGAGAAACUGUGUGGCCGUGGAUAAAGAUUUUUAAAUGAGUAAUUCUUUGUCACAUGAUGGUCCACAUGGAAAGGACAUUCUGUCCCUGUGUCUCAAAAUGUCUCUGAAUUUGUAGCAAAUAGAUUUGUAGAUUUCUGGAUGGGCUUUGACCUUCAUCCAUCAGACAUCUAUAGAUCUGAAGGUCAAAGGUGAAUUCAUCUUCUGGAGAGUGUUUGUCCUGCGACAGUCAACGGGUUUGACUGACUCAUUUAUUCGUUUAAUUGGUUUAUUUGCAUAUUUAUAAUAAAACAAUAAACACGUG